GGUGGCCGCACCUAGGAGGAGGAGUCACGACAUUGAGGUGGUUCCCUAACAACAUCUCUAAGAUAUUUUAGUAAUCUAAUGCGACAUUCUGGGCGUAAUAUUCAGGCUACAAGGUACAAUGAGUCUCUCUGGGGGAAGAGAGGAGGAGGAGGGGGCGAUGGACUUUAAGAUGAGUCUCUCUGGGGAACGUGACACUGACAGUGUGGACCAUGGUGGAGAGUGCUGUUCGAAAUCCGAUCUUAUGAAAUAUGCCUCUGAUCUCACACUGGACCCAAACACAGCAUUCAGAGAGCUUACUCUGUCUGAGCAGAACAGGAAGGUGACAAAGGAAGGCACACUGAGCCUCGUCUCCAUGGAAACUGCCCGUAGCCAAUGGUGGGACUCUUGGCCUGACCAUGUGACAUGACGCCUGUUGAGAGACAUAUUGAAGUUGGCAGUCAGGCUGUGUGCUGACUAUGUUUUAUUGAAAGGAAAAUAAGAACCAUUGAAACGGAAAAGCUCCUUAUACUGCAUAAAAGACUAUUUUGUUUAUCUCAAAGCUCUUCCUCUAACCCAUUAUAUUAGUGAUGAUUGUUUUUUCCACACCUCACAGCAUGUUUUGAGGGUGGGCAGCCUACAGUGUGUUGUUUUUUUCCCCCUGCUCUCAUUUAAGUUUAUAGCUUAUGACUGCUUUGAAAUUCAACAGUUCCCUUAGGAAAACCUGCCCAUUUCUAUCACCAUUAGUUCAUAAGCAACACACAUACACAAUCCCUCAGAAAAUGUGCUAUAUCCCUGGGACUCUAGGAACAGUCUGUCGACAUUGAUCACAGUCAAUGGCUCUAAUAGUUAUUAGUUUGAGUCUGUUAUAUGGGGAAACAUGUUCUUCUCUUUCCCACUUCAGAUGACACUUCUAGUCUCUGGCACAUCAGGCACAUUCUUCUCAAUCACAUCCAUUUUAAGUAAGCGGAUUCAAGAUGUGAUAAAGAUGUUAAAUUCCCAAAUUGCAAUUUUUACAAAGGCAAUAGAAAAAUACAAAGUCCUAAUGAGUUGACUGAAUUGAAAUGAAAUUGCAUCCUUGCCAUUGCUAUGAUGUAGUGUUGAGCAACAUCAAACCAGCGUUUACCCCUUCAGACACGGUAUUGGGAAGUUAAGCCUUCAUUCUGUGAUAGUGUGUCAUGUCACCAUGGUCUCAUCUCCCCCGACUGAGCGCUGUCAAGAUCCAGGGUAAGCCUUACUUUGUCACUCUCAGUUCCUGAUCUAGCCAGCAGCCUCUUUCCUCUCCUAUUUUCUGAAAGUAUCAAUAAUGACCGCGUAAUUACAUGUAGAUACAAGCUCCCACAGCUAACAGACAGUCAAUCAAUUUCCAGCUCCUCUUUUUCCCAUGUUAAUCUAGCCAGGCUAAGGCAAUUUGAUUUAAUGCUGUCGUAAUGCUAUAAUAAAAGUUUAAUAGAAUAUGUAAGCAUGGAAAUCUGGUUGAAGGAGUUAUUAAUGUGGGCCAUAUUAAUGCAAAGCAACAGUAUGUGAUCUGUGAGUCAUGACAAAGCAGGUACACUUAUCAGCCAACAGAUGGCAGAGAGAAGCAGAUUAGCCUGGGUGUUGUGAGUGUGCGCUUCUAAGCUCCUUCAACUUAGUGCACAUCCAUCCAGAGCCUAUAUAAGAGGCAGGCCUAUAGACUUCCUCUCCCUGGGCAGCCCACACUGAAGCCUUUCAAGCCUACACCCUAUUAGGCCUUAUUCAUCAGGGCAAAAAGCAACUUAAGAUGCUCUAUCCCCCUGAUUUGCCAGGCACUCUCGAUACGAUUCUGCUCCACAUCGGGAAACAGGCACCCCCUCGGACUCAGGAGCCCAUUUAAUCAAUGAGAGAGAUUACAGUACUUCGGGGCCUGCUGGCGCUGAGUUGAGAUAGAUGUCUUUGGUCUGAAUGCAGGGGCCUGCUUCCCCGUUCCACACAGAUCUGAAAAAAACAUGGUGCUUUAUGAUUGACAGGGAGAUAGAAUGGGUUCUUGUGAAAGGGCUACUGGAUCUGUGUGAACACUGUUGUUGGAGAGGUCUGCAGACAAGUGGCAUCCUGUAAUGGUUCAAUCGCAACGUUUGAGAAGGUUUUUAGGUAUUUGUCUACAGAUUGAUUGUACACCGUCUAUGAUGUCAUUGUCAUUUUCUUCUCUUCCUUAAUGUGUGUGUUAGAUAAGCUGUUGCUGGUGGUGCAAUUUUUUUUUUUUUUUUACCAAAUCCAAGGCUUUCAAAUCAUUGCAAUUGUGGAGCGUAGAAGGCUUCAGUUCUGUCUCUGUGUUACUUUGUCUCUAUAGAAGCACCCUGCUGACUACCAUUUCAGACUUCUCAGACAGUUGCAAAACACACUUUAAAAUGUAGGCACGACUUCAUUUCUCAAAUCAAUGUUUCAGCACCAGUUGAUGUUUUUAAUAUUCACACCCAUAUGUGGUAAACAGCUUAGUCAUCAGCUGUGUGUUCCAGGCUUACCAAGCCAAUGUUUACAGUACUGAUAUGUUUAAGCAGCUGCUUUCCUGAACUCAGAAAAUCUGUCCAACAAAUCUCCUGUUGGCAUUUAGAAACUUCUCAACUCUUGUUUUCAUAUGCUUAUGAAUAAGAAAUGCUAAAACACAGACCGCCUUUCUCCAAUAUGUUAAUCUUAGAAUCAUCAUUUCUAAGAUCAGUGAAUCUAUGAGUGGCAAUGCAGAAUAAUCUGUAAAGUAAUGAUACCCAAAUACAUCAUCCCAAACCCUGAGUGGCAAUGCAGAAUAAUCUGUAAAGUAAUGAUACCCAAAUACAUCAUCCCAAACCCUGAGUGGCAAUGCAGAAUAAUCUGUAAAGUAAUGAUACCCAAAUACAUCAUCCCAAACCCUGAGUGGCAAUCAUUCCAGAGUUGUUAUUGGUCAUAUAGGCUGACUUACAUCGACCGAUUUGUCUUGGACCGCGGAUCUGAAGAGAGCCUCAGGAGGGGCUUCGACAGGUCAGAAAAGCAGCCAAGCAGCGAGCAAAAAGGAGGCAUUGUGUACACAGUCAGGUAUGAGCUGUACAAUUACAUGAAUGUGCAUUUUAUCAUGGAGCCAGGAGCUAGGUCCGGGGGACACAAGUAGGUUUUCUUUGGCUUUGGCCGCUCAGUUGAGCUUUGAGCACUGAGUCAAAGGCAUCAUAGAGCAGCACCAGCAGGCCCAGGCUUCCACUCCCUCCUCUCCUCACCCUGCCUGCUGCCCUUGGAGAGGAAGACGGAGACCAGCUCCCCACAGCAUACACACGCCACAAUGGCUCUUUGCAUUUUUAUGGAACGUUUAUUUUCUCUGGCGGGGAAAGAAAUGAGACGGACGUUUGAUUUAGGUGAUUCAAUUUGUUUUGAAUCCCUCCGUGCACAAUGUCACAGAUACUGUGCGGUGCUUAAAAAAAUAAACGCCAGGCUGUUUAAAAUGUGAAGUUUAAGUUGCCAAUCAAUAGCGUUUUAGGCCUAAGCUCUUAAAAUGGAAGGAAGAGGAGUGUAAUAUGUGUUUCCCAUUAAAGAGAAAGUUUGAUGAUUGUGAAAGCAGGUGCAUUACUUUGUUGUUAAAGUAAUGCUCUUUUGGUAUUUUUAAAUGUUUCCUCACUCUAUGAAUGCUUGUUGUUUUUAUUUAGUUAUUCAUUUUGUGGUACGCCAGGUGCAAUUUCCUGUCUAUAAUGGCUUGUGGGUAUACAGUAAGAUUAUAUUUCUUGACUGUUGCAUCUCUCUCUCUGCCUCAAUCGAUCUAUCCAUCCUUGCUGUGACAACAGUAAGGGACUUGUUGUGUGGUGUCAUUUGCCCUAAAACUGUAAAGCUCGCCUUCA